AUCUUGUGACUGUCUGUCGUUGUAAUACUAUACUCCUUGCACGAGUCGCGUUGAGAUUGUAGAUGACUGAUGUUCGACUAGUGAACAUGUUUUCUAUACCUUGUCAAAAAGUGUUAGAAUUAUCAGUGUAUAGUGCAUCUAAUAACGUCGAAUAUUUUUGAAAUCAUAAUUAUUGAUUCGUCUAUCAUGAAUGUGUUCUUAUAAUUUACAUUGUGUAACAGAUCUAGGAUUGCUAGAUUAGAAUUAUACGAAGUGAUGAGGUAAACUAAAUCAGUAGGAGAUGGCUCGUCACGGUAGCGAAAGAUCCUUACAUUCUUCUCAAUCGAUGAAUCCAGGCUCCUCACUCUUAAACACGAACGAAUCACUCACAACGGAAUUAGCACCGUCAGAGCCAGUAACAUGUUCUGACAACAGCAGCAUGAUCAAGGUCAAUGCCGAUAACAACGUGGUUUACACGACAGGAAGUGCAUCGGUCACCGUUCCGUCACCCUCGAUAUCAUCUUCGAUAUCCUCUUCAUUGGAUUCCCGUAUUCCACGUCCCUCGCCUACAGGCCUGCGUCGGUCGGCUAGUAUGCGCAUGUGCGGUGAACGACUUUCACCAAAUAACCCAUCACCAUUAUCCAGUACCACGGCCACCGCGGCUCUGAGCAGAUCUUAUCAUUAUUAUCGUCGUUUUAACUUCCUGCAGCAGCAGCAUCAUCACCUGGACCAUCGUACUUUUCCAGUCAUCACGGAGAAUGGAACUGAAUCACCCCGACAACGAUCUCUCAGUCUUUCAUUGACGCCGGCGAGGCCGCGGCCUGGACACGCGGCCUCUGGAGGAUCAGGCACUGGAAUUGCUGACGACAGUGAUGCAGAAAGCGUGAAAAGUUACGGAAGUGCCUGCAGUGCCGCAAGCGCCUGUGACCAUGCUACGUUUGCUCUCAACGGUACCACAUGGUCUGGUAGAUCACGAAGAUACGUUGUUCAUUGUUCAAAUCAUACUGGUGACAAUGAGCAAUAUCUUACACCUACUCAAAGAGCAGCUAGACAAGUUAGGAAAUUUCAGGCUUUAUUAAAGGAAGCGCGAAAAGAAAUUGAAGAGAAGGAUCAGGAAAUAUUUCGAUUAACGAAGGAAGUAGUAGAACUAAGAUUAUAUAAAGCUUCUCUAAAUAGUCCAGAUGAAAGGACGGAUAGUAGCGAUGCCCUUACUGUACGAGAAAAUAAUCCUUUUUCUCCAGAAUCCCCAAGCAAAGAUUUACCAGAUGAAAGUGCGCUACGAAAGAUCACAAGUCCAGAAACUCCAGAAAAACGUGCUCCCUCUGAUCUUCCCUCCUCUCUUGCGGAUUCGGGUCACUUCGAAGACGGAUCCAUCCAUUCGAAAGAUUCUGUAUUUAUACCAGAAAGUACUCAUAUCACUACGAUUCCUAAUAAAGUUGAUGAAAGUAAUACUUCCGAUACAUUUAUAAGAUCAACUACAGAAACACCGGAAAGAGAUGAAGAGAGACGCAAAUUGGUAAAUCUAUAUGAAAAUAGAAUUGAGGAAAUGCAUCGUAGACAUGUUGAUGAACUUCAAGAUCUCAAGCAAAAACACAAUGAUAAGGUGGAAAGUUUAUUAAAUCAAUUAGCUGAAGUAAAUACACGUUACUGUGAAGUGAGGCCUUCUGUUGAUGUUGCGGAAGCACGAGCUCGUGAAUUAGAAGCAGAAUUAGAAACUGUAAAAACAGAACUCUCAGAACAAAAGGCUCUAUUAAAUGAGCAAGAAGAGAGAAAUAAACAAAUGUACCUGAAAAUGUAUGCCAAAGGUCAAGAAGCAGCACGUAUGGAACAAGCUGAUCAGAUACUUGAACAGGCAUAUCAAACACCACCAAAGGUUACUGUUGCAGAAUUACUUCAACAAUUAACAAUUACACAAGCAGAAUUGGAAAAUAUCAAGGACACAAGCUACUCGCCUGAACCUCACAUUUCAGCCGAUCGUAGCCAAAGUUUAUUAAGUGCUCAGGAGGCUGUUUCUCUCUGGGUCCUUGGCACACGUAAGGCAAUGUACCGACGUAUACUAGAAGCACGUAAUAAUCAAGGUGUCCUUGAUCCAGAGAUUACAUUGCAGUUCCUAAAAUCGGCGAUUUACUAUUUCUUAACGGAUAAAGAAAAUCAUCAUGGACAUUUAAAUGCAAUUGAAAGCAUUUUAGGAUUUUCAGAAAUUGAAAAGCACAAUAUUGAUAAAAUAUAUCGAUCAACAAGAAAGUAAUAUUUAAAACUUUUUCAUUAUUGAAUUUCAAUAUAAAUUUAAAAUCUUCAGAUAACUUAUUGUAUUUUUUUUAUUUAAUGCUAUUUAAAAAUAUUUUAUUUAAAAAUUAUAAUAUUUGAAUUGAAUUUUGUUUAAAAUUAAUAUUAAUAUUGUGUAAUAUAUAAUUAUACAAUUAUAAGUUCUUUAUAUCUAUUAACAUGGCAAUAAAUAGCAUUGCUAUAUGUAUUUUUAUAACAAUGAUAUCAGAUAUAUGUACAAUAUUCACAUUGUACAUUUGUUUAUUUUAAUAAUUUUUUUUAUUAUUUUUUUCUUCAAAUUAACAUUAACAAGUAAUUCAAUUUAAACAAUUCAAACAAAAUUAUUACAUGCAAUUGUGUUUGGUAAUUUUAUUCAUUUUGCAUAAGAUAGCUUAUUAAUUCAUUUAUAAAUUCAUUAUUAUAAAUUUCUUAAAUUGAUACUAUCAAAAUAUUUUUUGUUAUAUAAAAAAAAAAACAACUUAUAAAAAGAAAAAAAUUUUUUAUAUCCGUUAUGAUUUUGCAUUUUAUUUAAUACACAUACAUAUUUAAUAGUGUAUACAUUAGAAUAAACAUUAUAUACAGAUAUACAGUAGUUAUUAUUAAUUUCUUAUUAUUAAAAGUUAAAUAAUUUAAUACUUACUAAUACUUACUAAGUUAUCUGAAGAUUUUUGCAUAUUUACUUUUAUUAUAGAAUUAUGUUUAAAAUAUUUCAUAUAUAAAUAAAUUAAUACAUUUCUAUGCAAUAUACAAAAAUUAAAAAUAUUUUUUGUAAACAUAAAUAUUUCUAAAAAAACCACAUAAAAAUCACCAAUUAUUAAAAAUUAUAUUUAUGAAAAAAUGUGUAAAAAGAAUUUAAUUAAUAUUUUAAUAAUAUUAACUAUAAUGCAGUAAUAUUUCAAUAAUGUAAUAUAUAUAAAAUCAAUAAUAUAAAUUAUUCUAAUAAUAUCACUAAUAUAUUAUUUUAUCAUUUUUUAUAUCUUAAUUUUAUUAUAUGUAAAUUGAUUUAUAAUAUUAUAUAUUCUAUUAUAAUAUAAUAAUAUAUUUUUAGUAACAUAAAAAUUAAUAUAUGAAUUUAAAUAUUGUUUCAUAAAUUCGAUUCACUUUUUUUAAAUUUUAAUUUAAUUUCGCUUUGAUAAUAAUAUAUAAUUACUUCUAAUUAUUUAUUUAAUUUAUUUAAUUAGAUAAUUAUAAAAUUAUCAUGUUUUAAUAAAAGUAAAAUUUUAUCAAUGUAGAAGAUGAAACAUAUAAAAAAUUUUUUAAAGUAAAAUUUUUUCUAGUAUUUUUUAAUAUCAAAAGUUUUUUUUAUACAUAUAUAAUGUAUGUAAUAUUCUUUCAUAUUAUUUUUGAAACUAUAUAGAAUAAAAAAUGUUUCAAAUAAAUAUUAUUAGAUUCGAUAAUAAAUAUUUAAAUAAUAAAAAAUUAAUAUACCAUUAUUUAAGAAAAUAGAAAAAAAUAUUUAUAAUUUAUAAUUUUAUAAUUUAAAAAACAAUUCAUAAAUAAUUUUUAAUAAAUUGGUGAUUUUGUACAAUAUUUAUAAAUUAAACUUUCAUAAAAUAAUUAUUAAAUAUUAAAUAUGAUAUAUGUUUAUAAUAUGUUUCAAUAACUAUUGCUUAAUCAUAUAUAAUAAUUAACGAAGCAAAAAAAAACCAAUAAAUAGCAAGCCAUUAUUAACUAUAUAUAUGAAUUUAUUUUUAAAUUAUUUUCAUUAUUAAUUAAAAAUAUUUUAUAAACAAAAAUAUUGUAAGCAUUAAGAUGAUAGCUUUAUAUAAUUUAUAAAAACAAUUUAAUAUUUAAAUAUGUUUAAAAAAAGAAAAAUUGUUUUAUUUUAAGUAAGUAUAAAAUAAUUUCAAAUGAUAAUUUUAAUUUUUUAAGUUUUUAAUAUAAUUAUAUUACGAUAAAAAUAUUAAUUAUGAAUCGCUUGAAAUUUGAAACUAAAAUUCAAUGUUACAUAAUGUUAAAUUACAAAUAUUAAUUUACAAGAAAUAGUAUAAUUAAACUUCGAUUUUCUGACUAUCUUUUAACCAUUUUUUAUUUAUAUAUGAAUAAUAUCAAGCGCUAAAAAUAAAAGAAAAUGUAAAUACUUAUCUGUAUUUACUAUAUUAUGUAUUUUUUUAAAUUUAUUUUGUAUAAAUAAGUCUAGUUUUAAUUUGAAAAAAAAAAUAAAAUUAAAGUAUAUAUAUAAUAAAUUUUCAUCCUUCAUAUCAAAUGCAGUCAUAUAUAAGUAUUAAAAUUUAAUUAUUCGAUAUAAUUAAUUAUAUAAUUCGGAUAAUCAAAAUCCUAUUGUAUUACACAUCUUUAAGAAAUUGUAAAUUAUAUUUUUCUAUUGUAUUUAUCAUCUUUUUCUUUAGGAAUGAAGAUUUAAAAAAUUUUAUAUUGUCAAAGUAUUCAAUUUUAAUAUUAUUUAUUAUAUUUAUACUUAAAUCAUAAUAUUUAUAAUAAUUAAUGAAAUAAUUAAUAAAAAAAAUAAUUCAAUGUUACAUUGAAUUUAUUUUUUUUUAUUAAUAAUUUAUUAAAUAAUUUUUUGAUUUUUUACAUAUAUGUUGUUAACGUAUUUCAAUAUCAUUAGUUUCAAUAAAUUAAAUUUUAAAAUAAUACAUAAUAAUUUUAAAAUAAAACAAAAAAUAAACAAAAAUAUUGAAACAAACAAAUAAGAAAAAUAGAAUGAAAAAAAAACAAAAGAAUGAAAGUGAAAUGGUUUAAAAUAAUAAAUUAUUAAAAUUAAUUAAAUUUUUGCUUGUUUAUGCAAAUAUUUUUAAAAUUUCUAAAUAUCUAUCUAAUUAACAUAUUACUUGAAAAGUAUGACGUAAAAAUAUUUUAAUUUAUUAAUUUAUUACAUUUACAAUCGUAUAAUUAUAAUUUAAAAUAUUUUAUAUAUAAUUUACAAAAUUAUUUAUAUUCUCUAAAAGAAAAGAAGUAAAUUUUGAAUUUAUUAUAAGUUUUUCUAAUUUGAAAUAUAAAUUUAUUAAAAAAUUUUAAAGAUAUUGUGCAAAUUAUUUAGAAUACGUUGAUCAAAAAUUAUUCUUUUAUUUAAUUUUAUUAAUUUUUUAUUUAUUUUAUUUAAAAAAUAUAUAUCAAAAAUAAAAAAUGACAUGUAUAUAUGUAUACAAUGUAUAAGUAAAUGAUUUAAUCCUUUGUAUUGUAUUUGAAAUUAUUAGUUAACAAUAUAUAUCAAUAAAUUAUUAUGCAAUAUAUAACAGUUAUAAUUCUUAUUAUAUAAAAUAUUAAAAUAUUCUUGUAUUUCACAUUAUACAUCAUGUAAUAUAUUGUACAAAUUAUGUCAUAUUUAAUUCAUUUUUUCAUUAAGCAUAUUUCAUAAAAUGCAUUGCAACAACUAUAACUUGUAUGUUUAAUAUAAAUGUAUAACUAUAUGAAAAGCAUUUUAUUUAUUUCAAUGCAAAAGACUAAAUACAUUUACUUAUUCAUAAAAAAAAAAGAAAAAAUUUAUCAAUUUCAUGGUAAAAUAUGAAAUAUUUUUUUUCUUUCAUAAAAUAUAUGUAUAAUUUAAUAUAAUUUUAUAUUUAAUUAAUUGUAAAUUUUACAAGAUAUUAAAUAUUUUAAUUUUUGAAUAUAGAUUAUGUAAAUUUAUAUAUAUAUAAAUAUAUAUAUAAAUUAUAUAAUCUAUAUAUAUAUAUAUUUAGAUUAUAUAAUGUAUGUAUAUAUUUAGUUGUUAUUAAAUAAAAUAUAGUAUAUAUUCAUAUUAGUCUAGAUAUGGCGUCCAGAUAAAGAAAAAUUUUGGAGACUGAGGGAAAUAUUUUGCCUUUUUAUCUGCUUGAUUACAUCAAGUUAGAUAGAUAUGAGAGAUAUUAUAAUGUAACUAUUUAAAGACGUCACAUAAAAAUUAAAAGGAGCACAUUUCCUAUAUACCUGUUAUGACUCUAUUUCACACGUUUUAAAAUAAUUUAUAUAUUCAAAAUUUUAAUAUUCAUGAGAUAUCUUUGAAAAAUCGAUUUAGAGAUCAAAAUAAAUAUAAAAGUAAUUAAAUCUUAUUUAUUAAAUUAUAAAUAUUUUAAGUUUACCGUUAGAUGACAUAAAACAGAGAUAGCUAUCUCGAUCAUAUUAAUAUCUCGUUUUAUCCAAUUAAAAUUUAUUUUCAUUCAAUUAAUUCAAUUAAAAAUCAGUUUUUAACUCAACAAAUAAUUUUCAAUUUUUAUAUAUCAGUUUUUGUGUUUGUUUUGAUUUCUAAAAUCGAUAUUAAAUAUCAAUACCAUGAUAUCUUAUAUACAUUAUUAGAUCAAAACCAAAGAUAAAUAUAAAUAACAAAAAAUUAUUAAAUAUAAAAUAGAUUAUGAAAAAACAAAUAUAUGCUUUGUUAUAUGUAUGUAUGUAUUAAUAACUGUUCUAAUAUUAAUUAGAUGUUCAAAAAGAAUAA